UUAGGCUUUGCUCUAAGUUCAACUUCGCACAAUUCAUUAAUACUUCUACCUUGCAAAUCCUCAGCCCGUUCUGCAUUCUGAUUCACUAUGGCAAGAACAGGUCAUUCCACCAACAUGACUUCCGGAAGACACAGGGCGCGUCAACCACAGUCUCAGAAGCUCACAGACAAGGAGAUUUUGGAGUUGAAGAACUACCUUCCUGAGUGGACUGCCGCCAAAAGGAGUGAGAAGAGGGGGAUUUUCACUGCCAUAGCAAGGGCGGCCAGGUUGUUUGCUCCUAAGGUGGACCAAAAACAAUGGAAAAAGAGGAAGCAGGUGUACAAGACUUGGUUGUUCAACAACAAGAAAAAGAAGGAAAGGAAGGACACCAUCAAGUAUGGGAGGAAAUGGACGCCCAGGAUGGUGGUCUACCAGCAGAAACGCGAAGAGGUGCUGAAGAGGAUUGAGGACGAGUCGGGGGUAAAGCCCGGAGAUCCUGGUAUGUUCAAACAUUAUCAGGCGGCGGUGAAGAGAGUCAUGGCUGAAUUGGACGACGACGAGUUGGAGAAGGCGAAAGAAACAGCGGAAGAGUGGUCCAACAACUGUCCGCCUCCGGAGAUACAAGCACAAGUCGCCCGUAAGAAGGGUCCGGCAUAUAUGGAGCACUUUUCGAACGAGAUGUGGAGGCAAUGUGGGAUGAGAGUUUUUGUGAUGUCGGCUUGGAAGAAUGAAAAGGGAGAGGUGCUGUUCGGGAUGCAUGAUGAUAACGAGGCCUUAGGAGACGGGGACAGCUUCAUGAAGACGAAGGACUGGGAGGACAUUGAGCCAGUGUGGCAGGAGUACGCGCAGGAACAGUUCGGUGCCGGGGCACGGGAUGGAGGACGUCAGGUCAAGGGAGGUCGAAAAAGAAUUCGAAAACCAGCUUUCGAACUCGAAAUGGACGGGGAGGGUAUGCCACUCCUUCCCGACAUCACUGACACGAAACUUGAGGAGAAGAAGGCCAUAGUGAGGGCCUUUCUUACAUCGCACUAUCGGAUAUGUUCCGGGAAGGACAAGGCGGUUGUACCAUGGAGUGCCAUUGUACAAAGUCAGGAUGACUUCGUGGCCCGGACGUAUCUUCCGGCAGAUGUUGACUUGAAGGAGCCUUCAAAGCUGCAAAAUUGGGACACGACUGCCUUGCUCCAUUUCUGGCAUGCUCGGCAGGAAACAGGAGAAGGUCCCACAUUUCUGUUCAAAGCAUGGAAGAACAAAGAUGGGGACAUGGUACCAUCUGUCAUAUCUGGCAAGUCGCCCUCUCCUCAGACUAGUAUAGUGAGAAAGCAGCAGAGGGUUACCAUCCGAGGGCCUCGGGAUUCGUCGACAGAAGCCGAGAGUGAUAAGGAGAGUGCCACUAAUCAUACGGAGGAUGAUGGAGGUCCUACACCAAAAGGGACGGCAGUCCCACGUGCAAUUCCAAAGCCUCGCCGGGCCAAGCCAGCCAAAAAAGGUGCAUUACUGACAUCAAGAAUGGGCGACCUCCUUGCUGGGUUAACUGAAGACGCGACCAGAGAAGUUAGAGAGGAUGUUGAAAUGGAAGAGAGUAUCACGCCGCCGGCACAGAAAAGGGGGCGGGGCAAGAAAGUCACAGUUGAACCAUCCACGAGGACGACCCGGAGUAAGUUGCAAAUGCCAGUAGACAGUACACCUAGAGUAACCAGAGCACGGGGACGCACUUAA